UCUGCGUGGGAGCUCUGUGGCGCGCCACCCUGCACCGUGCGGCUCCCAGGUCCUCAGCUGUAGGCUACGGGGUGAUGAUGUAACAGGAAGUAGUGGGUUGCCUUCCAACGUCAACCUGACAGCCGCUUCAGCUGCGCUCACUGAGAGCCGGAGAUCCGCUGUGUCUGGUGCUCCGCAGCGAAGCCGAAGCCAGAAGACGCUUUAAGGGAUUGACUUGGGAGAGUGUUCCAGCUCGGACCCCUGCGCUGCCGCUGCUGGAUUUAUACUCCGAUCUGCCGCUGGUAAAUUAUCAACCAGCUUUGACAUGACCAAAAGGAAGAUGGAUAGCAUCGGGCGGAGUGGGAUGGUGGCACUCAUACUGCUGUGUAAUCUAACAAAGAUUUUUGUGAAGGCAAGCCCGGAGGUCAACGAAACCCAUCCAAACGUCUACCAUGACAUGGGAGUCACCAGGAACAAGAUAGUUACAGCACAGUUUGAGUGCUAUCAAAAGAUAAUGAAGGACAAUACACAGAGCAGAGAAGAGCCCAUGUGUAAUCGCACUUGGGAUGGCUGGCUCUGUUGGGACGACACCAAAUCAGGUGUUGUCUCAGAGCAGCACUGCCCGGACUACUUCCAGGAUUUCGAUCCUUCAGAGAUGGUUACAAAGAUUUGCACCGACAGCGGCCAUUGGUUCUUGCAUCCGGAGAGCAACCGGACAUGGACCAACUACACCCGCUGCAAUGAACACACUAAUGAAGGCAGAGUGACUGCAAUGAAUCAUUUUUAUUUAACUGUCAUUGGACAUGGGCUGUCACUGACCUCCCUCUUCAUCUCCCUCGGAAUAUUCUUCCAUUUCAAGAGUUUAAGUUGCCAAAGGAUCACACUUCACAAAAACCUCUUCUUUUCUUUUGUUCUGAACUCUGUGAUCACUAUCAUUUGGUUGACAGCAGUGGCAAACAACCAGGAGCUGGUGCAGAGGAAUCCAACAAGCUGUAAAGUGUCCCAGUUCAUUCACCUGUACCUGUUUGGCUGCAAUUACUUCUGGAUGCUGUGUGAGGGAAUUUACCUGCACACUCUCAUUGUGGUGGCUGUCUUUGCUGAGAAGCAAAACCUGAUGUGGUACUAUCUUUUAGGCUGGGGCUUUCCUCUCAUUCCGGCUUGCAUACAUGCUAUUGCUCGAAGUUACUACUACAAUGACAACUGUUGGAUAAGCUCCAAAACAUCGCUACUCUACAUCAUCCAUGGUCCCAUCUGUGCUGCUCUUGUGGUCAAUUUGUUCUUUCUCCUAAAUAUUGUCCGAGUGCUCAUCACCAAACUGAAGGUGACCCAUCAAGCGGAGUCUAGUCUCUACAUGAAAGCAGUGAGAGCCACCCUCAUCUUGGUGCCCCUUCUGGGAAUUCAGUUUGUCCUUCUUCCCUAUAAGCCAGGGGGACGGGUUUCCUCUGAAAUAUACGACUACAUCAUGCACAUACUAAUGCAUUACCAGGGUCUGCUGGUGGCCACCAUCUUUUGCUUUUUCAAUGGAGAAGUCCAGGCAGUUCUGAGGAGGCACUGGAACCAGUAUCAAAUCCAGUUUGGCAGCAGCGUAGGAAACCACUCAGAUGCCCUGCGUUCAGCCUCCUACACGGCUUCAUCCAUCACCGAGGUACAGGGUUGCUACACCAUUGACAGCCACACAGAACACAUGAACGGCAAGGGCUUCCACGACGCAGAGGCCUCUAUCUUAAAGUCAGACAGCCCUUUCGCCUGACAGCAACACUCUCCCCCAAGCCCUGCUCGCCCCUUCUCCUCCUUAAAAACUGCAGCAUGUUUGGCACUCCGUGGCAACCAGGAAAACUCGCCUCUUCCUAGAUACAGUGUCAGAAGCAGUGAGUGAGGAAAAAAGGAUUUUAUACCCAAGCUGUCACCCAUCUGAAAUAAAAUGUCUCUCCUCUGUCACACGGACACAGGCCCUUUAACCAUACUGAAUGGUGAGCUCAAUACAACUAUUCCUGUGCUGUGUUUUGCAACUGAACUGGACCUGUGAUUCUGUCAAUCACAAUCUUGUUGUGAUCUUUCAGCCUGACAAAAAUGUUUUUAAGUGGAUGAAUAUUAACUGCUUGACUGUCCUUUGUGAGGUCAUGUUGUGCACAAAACGCCUUUGGUUACACUGUAAAUUCUAUUGACAUGGUUAGUGCCAAACUAAGAAACCCUUGCCUGCCUCAUUUAUUUUUUAUAUUCAUUACAGAAUUAGAACGAAGAUAGGACGUCCAACAGCUGCAUAAUAAUAUAUGAAAACUAUAUUAACAUUAUCUUUCACAUGUUAAACUUAAUUUAUCUGAACAUAUUGUCAUUUAUUAAAUGAAGAUGAGAUAAAUACCACACAGUAUUUAUUAAAGAUUUUUCAAAAUUGUUCAAAUACCAAUAUGACUUGUUGCCAGCUUCACAUAAAAUUCCAAUGUAGUUGUUCAAUGUUUGUUUCAGUGUUUGUUUCUAUGUGUGCAGUUAAUGUGUGCAGACAAUUUACAGAAUCAUACCAUUAGCUUGCAGGCUUCAUUUUUAGAGAUUUCAUCAUGCUAAUGUUUGAGCAUGUUUAAGUGAUCCUUACUGACAUGUGCACCCUUUAAACCACAUGGUAGGUUGUAAUGUAACUUGUUAACACAAUAUUAUCACAAGAAGCCAUCAUGAUAUCUCAUGUACUCCAAUGUCUACUCAUUACACAAUUGAAUGUAACAGUGAAGUUUGAAGACCUGGUUAUGGACAUAUAUGCAUCACAUUCCCAUUCACUGCUGUCUUUAGCCUUACUCUUCUCAAAUGACUUGCAUAGAACCAAUAUACUGUAUAAGCAUUUCCAGGUGUUCAGACUGAAAACAGCACUGUGUUAAAAAUGCAGAGGACUGUGUUAGUGUGCAUAAAAGUGAGGAAAUUAAAUUCGAUCUAGAAGCUUAGUUUGAGUGAUAAAUCCAUGACUUUUAAAAAAUCAGUUGAGAUAUUCCAAGUCCAUUUUGAUACUCACCUUUGAAAGAGUUACUGUAAUAAUUAUUUUUGUACUAGCUGCUUUAUUAGUCCCUUUGUAGUGCAGAAACAUUUUUCGUCAUAAAAUCUACAGUGAAUAAGUUCAGCCAAAUCUAAUAUAUAUUUAGCCAAAUCAAGUGAGUAUUUCCGUGCUAGCUAGUUGUGUGUUGGUUUAUUGUUGGUGGAUUUUUUCUGGGAAAACACAAAGGGGGGGUUUCGUAAUAAAAGGGACAUAGCUUAAGGCGAUACCCAGCUUAUUUUGGCUUACCUUUGGCUGAAGAUUGUGGAUUUUGCACAUUGUGUAUCUUAUCAUGCACAGUUUAUUCAGGCUACAAAUGGAAUGCUUCACAGCUGAAAAGGAGGAACCAUUACAGUGACCAACAAACCUUUAAACAAAAAUGUACGGAUUGCUGUAACCUGCUGCGACAAAGCAGUGACCUCAUUGAAAUGAAUGAGGGAGCUGUUUUGUUUUGCACACAGUGCUAAUGUCAGUCUGAACACAGCCUUAUUCAGAAGUACAUGUGAUGAUAUUAUCAUGUAUCAUUAGAAGAACAAAAACAACAACAACAAAAAAAAACAAUAAUAAUACUGCAAAAAACAUUCUUUGUAAAGCAUUUAGCUAAAGCGGUCUGUAUCUAGACCUGGUCAGAAAUCAUCGCACUUACUCACAGUCAUUCAUCCACCCAGACCCAAAACCUUUCUUUACCUUUUUUCUUCAUUUGACAACAUUUUCAACACAUCAUCCACAAUGCUGGGAACAUAAAUCACUAUCAGAUGAUGUAAAUAUUUUGUAAAUCUAGCAUUUCUGAAAACAGGAUAAGUUGAACGUGCGUGUGUGUGUGUGUGUGUGUGCAUGAUUUAUACAGUAUUUCUGAGUACAUUUUACUUUAUUCAACCAUGAAGCAACCGUCUUAUGUGACAGUGUGUGGGACGUUGAUAACGACGUUUUUUGUUCUACUUCUGUGUUUUAAAAAGGGAGGGGUGGGAAAUGGGUUAACUAGCUUGCAACAAGCUACUUCAUCCGUCUGCCUGUGCAUAUUAUUUGCCAUCAUCCAGAUUCCUUGGUAGAUUCUGUCACAUUUCUUUUUUUUCCCUAUGUUUGAAAGUGAGGAAAGAAAAAGUACCUCUUCUUUCUGUCUAAGUGAUCCGUGCCAUAUUGUCAGUUUUUUCACAUUUUCAAUGUUCAUUGUUUUUUCUUUAUGUUUCCUAUAUAUUUUCUUUAACCUGAUCAUUUCAGAUACACAGUCCAAAAUUACCAUCUUCCAACAAAAUGUCUUGGAUUAGUCAGCCUUCAUAUUGCUUGCUUAAUUUUUUUUAUGAUAAUUUUUGAAUGUCUACAUUUUCUCAUCAGUCUCUAAUACAACUGUGAUGACUUAAAGUGCUUGAUUCUACACACAACAGGAAAAGUGACACAUUUUAAAGAAACUUGUAUAUUAUUUUCACUUUUGAAAAAGUAUGCUUGACUGCUAUUGUUUGAGGUAAAUUUCAUAUAUUCACCGUGUUCUAGCAACAGGUAUUAUGUGAAAUCAGGCUGCUGUAUCACACAUACAGUUUGUACUUUUUAUGUUAGAUCUGCGGGACAGUUUCUCCAUUUAAUCACUAACCAUAGAGCCUACUUUUAUGGCUGCAAGUGAUUCAUGUACAAUGACAGCAUUAUAAAGUCUUCAUAAAUCAAGUCCUUUACUGUGUAGUGAUGCAUCAUAAUCAUUUAAGCCGCAGUCAUUUUAUCACAAUUGUGGAAAGGCCUUUUGGCAAAUGUAGUAACUCCUAUGUACCUUUUAAGUUGUGUAUUUAUGCGUGAUUUUUUUUCCAUAUGACUCUCCAAAAAGUUUGUGAAGUCCCAAGUGACAUGUUGUAAAGUAUGACAAAAGCGUUAUGGACAAUGUCUGUAGUUUUUGUUAAUACUGUACUGUAUUUAACUUUGGUAGUCUUGACACAUUGACUCCACACUGCUGUUUGAAUGUAACUGGUUGUGUAUUAUUCUCUUGAUGUGAAAAACAUAUAUAUAUACAGUAUAUAUAUAUAUAUAUAUAUAUAUAUUUACGUACAGUGUCUCUUUUUUUAUUAUUUCACUGAAUUAGACAAUAUUGUUUUCCUGUGUGUAUCUGCAUACUAAUACAGUACAGAACAGCACCAGCCGUCAACUGUGGUACUUUUAUUUUAAAUGUUUUGUCUUAAUUGUGAAACUACUAUAUAUAUUGCUGCACACACACACUGUCACACAUUUUAUUAUAAUUUUCCUUUGGACUUUUUGUGAAGGUUGGUCCAGGCCAAGUAUACUGAAUUGCUCAAGUUUCAUGUGUAGAGAAAAAAAACAUUGCUCAUCUGGUAGCAGACUUAACUGCGGUGCUGGAGCUAUAGACUAUCAAACUCAAUGAUGAAAAGCAUCCGCACACUCAAAUAUGUGCAAAUAUAUUAUUUAUUUUGCAGGAUUUCAUUCAGAGAACUUCAGAAUUGUGUAGCAAGUGAAAUCAGCAGGUUAAAAGAACAUUGCUUUAUUAGCCUCAAUGCAGAACACUUGUGUCAAUCAGUUGGGCUUGUGCGUCAAAAAUUGGUCUCUGACGGAAAGUUUGCAGAAUAAAUAAAAUUAUUGUUUAGAUUUGAGUGUGUGAAUGCUUUUCUUCAUCUGGUUAGAGUUUCAUGUUUACAAUGUGUUUUCAGGAAAAUCUUAACUGCAUUAGUAAACUACUGUAAAUGUCGCAGUAAAUGAAGAGCACAAACCAAAUUUGUUUCAGUCCUUGUCAAAAUGUCGUUACCAGUGCAGGUACUUUUUCUGGUAAGGUUAUUAAAGGUCCCUUCUCAAUCUUCAACAACACAAGCAAAUCCAUUUGUAGAAUGUCAUAUAUGUUUGUCUCACUGAGUGUGAACAAUAUUAGUGUCACAGUCAAGUCGUUAAGAACACAAUGUAACUGAUUUUUGUUGCUGGUUUAACACCUCUGUGGCUCUGAGGUCGGGCGUUGUAACGAGAAACAUCUGCUGCACUGGCAGAGAUUCCCCACAGUGACUGUGAAAAGGAACAAGCUAACUUUCUUUGUAUGUCAUUCAAAUCUCCAAUCCUUUUUAUAGUGAGUAGUUUGAGAAAAGUCUAUUAAAAAAAUUAUGUAAUAACGAGAUUACUUUACUGUGAGGAGAAAAGUUCAACAGGUCAUUUAAGUGUAUAGAUAGAUAUAUUGUAUGGUUAGACACCUGAUACAUCUGGAAAAGACAAUUUGCAUACAUUUGAUGAGUUUAAAUACAUUUUAGCUUUUGGAGUUAUGCAGCUGUACCAUACUUUCUACCUGCAAGCCUGCACCUCAGCAGAAUAUUGUCAUUUUUUCUCCUUUUUUCUUCAGUGCAUAUUUAACCUUUUAUUUAUAAGUUGCAUAUUUAUACAUAAAUAUUUUCACUUAAUACUGUACAAUGACCCUACAGGUCACUACACAGGUGGUCGGAUAUACUUAAUAUAUACUUAUAUAAGACAUAAUCAAGGUUUAAGUCAACACAGUACACAUUGCAGGAUUUUACUAUUUUAGUCUCUCUCAUCUUGACCUUUUGAGGACUUUCCACCUUUUGAGGAAUUUCCAAAAAUUCCAACACAUUAUUGGCCAAAGCAAUAGGUGGGUGAUAACAGAGUAUUAUCGUUUAUUGUGUCAUUGUAUGUUUGUAUCAUUACAAAGUUCUUACGUGGCAAUGUUCUGGCUCAUGAUUUACUGCUCAAAUGUCUGAAUAAAUGGAAGUUAAACUAG